AUAAACGGACACAAAUGAAUAGCAAAACUUGAGCCGUAUUCCUACCAUUUACUAUUUUUUUUACCAAAUUUUAAAUACACUAACCGGCUUCUUAAAUUAUUUGUGGUUUCGUAAUUGUCUGCAAUUUGCCCCACUUUUUGUUGCAGUGUAUUGUUCUCCCGCGACAACAUUCUCUGGCCACACUACCGGCUGCAUUUUUCUCGGACAUCGUGAAAAAAUCGGCGCGCCAUUUCUGUCCACCUUUUGCGUCCAACUCGCUGUGUUUUUGCAAAAUCGGGAGUGUUUGUUUGUCUUAUACCGAGAAGGGAGCCCGCCCCCAAUAAUCAUACACGGUCGCGCCAUUCCGCAGAUUAAGCAACCUGGUGAAAUCCGAAGCAUUGCUCAUUGCAAUAGCUUGCAGUUUGAAGGACAAAGGGGAUCUACGAAUUACCCAGACUGAGCAGUGAGGCAACAUGUUUGGAGGCUCGAAACCCGGCUUUGGAGCCACGCCAGCGGCCACCAGCUUUGGCGGUUUCAGCGGCACCACGACGGCCACUCCGUUUGGCCAGUCGGCUUUUGGCAAACCGGCGGCUCCGGCCUUUGGAAACACAUCCACCUUUGCCGCCCAGCCGGCGCAACAGUCACUCUUUGGUACCGCGGCCACGCCUGCGCAGCCCGCCGGAGGACUGUUUGGGGCUAAUACUUCCACUGCAUUCGGAAGCACCGCCACAACGCAGCCCACAGGUUUUGGAGCAUUUUCGCAGCCGCAGCAGACAUCGAACAUCUUUGGAUCCACCCAGACGGCCCAGAGCACCUCACUCUUUGGUCAAUCGACGUUGCCCGCCUUUGGAGCUGCAAAGCCAGCGAUGACAGCCUUUGGGCAAACGGCUGCUGCCCAACCAACUGGCUCGUUGUUCGGCCAACCAGCUGCCGCAACCAGCACAUCGGGAUUCGGAUCGUUUGGAACGACGGCGCCCGCAACUACCAGUGUUUUUGGAAGCGGCACAGCAUCGGCUUUUGCCCUACCGCAGUCCACCGCUGUGGGUACGGCAGGUGUUAAUACGGGCACUGCUGUGGUGAAGUACCAGCCCACUCUCGGCACCGAUACGCUGAUGAAGAGCGGCCAGCCGAACAGUGUUAACACCAAACAGCACUGUAUCACGGCGAUGAAGGAAUACGAGGGCAAAUCGUUGGAGGAGUUGCGCCUGGAAGACUACAUGUGCGGACGCAAGGGCCCGCAGGCGGGCAGUACAACUGGUGCCUUCGGAUUCGGAGCUCAGGUGGCCCAGCCUGCUCAGCCAGCGACCUCGGGAUUGUUCGGCAAUACUGCGCAGCCUAGUACAAGUCUGUUUGGCCAGGCGGUGACCGAGAACAAAAGCAUGUUCGGAACAACAGCCUUUGGACAGCAACCGGCGACUAACAGCGCAUUCGCACCGGCCCAGCAGAAUAACUUUUUGCAGAAGCCUUUCGGGGCUGCCACCACUACGCCAUUUGCCGCCCCGGCUGCUGACGCUUCCAAUCCAUUCGGAGCGAAGCCCGCCUUCGGACAGACAGGAAGUUUAUUUGGACAGGCACCGGCGACCAGUGCCGCUCCUGCUUUUGGGCAGACAAACACCGGAUUCGGGGGAUUCGGCACCACUGCGGGAGCAACUCCUCAGACCUCACUAUUCGGAGCUACACCCGCCGCCGAUCCAAAUAAGUCAGCCUUUGGAUUGGGCACAGCCGCACCGGCUGCCACCACUGGCUUUGGAUUCGGCGCUCCGGCCACGAGCACCGCAGGUGGGGGUCUCUUUGGAAGCAAGCCUGCCACAAGCUUCUCUGCCCCAGCUUUUGGAGCCACCUCCACGGCCAGCACCCCGUUCACAGGCUUUGGUUUAAAUACCAGCACAGCAGGCACGGGCGGAGGACUCUUCAAUUCCGGUCUUAACAAGCCAGCGACCUCGGGAUUCGGAGGGUUUGGAACCACCGCCGCAGCACCGCUUAAUUUUAACGCAGGCAAUACUGGUGGAUCGCUUUUCGGAAACACGGCCAAGCCGGCAGGAGGUCUAUUCGGCGGAGGAACCUCGACCUUGGGUGGCACAGGAGCUGCCCCAACGGGAGGACUAUUUGGUGGCGGAACUGGCGGUUUCGGUGGCGUUGGCGGUUCUCUGGGCGGCGGCUUUGGUGGUGUGGGCACGAAUAACUCGUUAACCGGAGGUCUUAUGGGUGCUCAACCCACCGUGGGUAUUAUGACGCCCUCGCACCAGCCAAUACAUCAACAAAUUCUGGCCAGGGUCACUUCACCCUACGGAGACUCUCCCAUUUUCAAAGACCUAAAGCACAGCGACGAGGCUGAUGCCACCAGGGCCACAAAUCCAGCUGCCCAGCAAGCGGUGUUAGACAUGAGCAGCAAUCAGUACAAAAUUGCCACCAAAAACAGUCCGGCGCCAGUGAAGGUAAAAGCUUUGGGCAGCACCCUUAACAGGAAAUCUUUGUUCGACGGUCUCGAGGAGUUCGAUGCGACGGUUGAGGGCUUUAAUCUCAAGCCCAAUGCUAAGCGUUUGGUAAUCAAGCCCAAAGUAAAGAAUGUAGAGAUCGGGAAUCCCUCCAAUUCGAUUGGCAGUGCGCCCAAUACUCCCCAAACUCGCCCCAAAGUGACAACGCCAAACAAAGAACGCGAAUCAUUCGGCGGAGUCAUUCCCAGUGAGCCACCACCAGUAGGAAACUCGCCUGGAGCCACAAACGGACGCGAGAGCCAGGACGGCAGUCGCCGCGAGUCAUGGCUGCAUCCGAACAACCUGGAAAAGGUGCGACAGCAUAACAUUCAGACCGGAAUGGACCAGGGAUCACCGCACAAUAGCACACUCAACGAGCUGGUGCCACGCAAACCGUUGGAUACUUAUCGUCCUUCGUCGACCGUUCGGCUCUCGGUGUCCACCAUCCCGGAAAAUCCGUUCGAAGAUCAGGCUAGUGCCAUUGCCCGUCGGGACACUUUCACCUCGGAGCAGGCUAACGAGAGCGUCCUAUCGACCAGGUCGCAUGAAGCGGAAGACACCACGGCCAAUCGUUCGCGUCUGGCCAUCGAGGCAGCUACUGCAGAUGCUGCGGACUACGAGGCCCAUCCCACUGGCAUUGUGUUGCGACGAGUCGGCUAUUACACUAUUCCAUCGCUGGACGACCUGCGAUCGUAUUUAGCAGAGGACGGUUCCUGUGUGGUGCCCAACUUCACGGUGGGUCGAGAAGGCUACGGAAAUGUUUUCUUUGGUAAAGAGAUGGAUGUAGCUGGGCUGAACCUCGACGAAAUCGUGCACUUCCGUAACAAGGAGAUUAUCAUUUACCCCGACGACGACAACAAGCCGUCCAUUGGGCAUGGCCUAAAUCGAGAUGCACAGGUCACUUUGGACCAGGUUUGGCCAUUGGACAAGACCAAGCACGAGGCCAUCAAGGAACCACAGCGUUUGCUGGAGAUGGACUGGGAGGGCAAGCUGCGCCGAGUGUGCGACAAAAACGAUACGCGCUUUAUAGAGUAUCGUCCGGAAACGGGCAGCUGGGUCUUCCGCGUUAAGCAUUUCUCUAAAUACGGGCUGGGCGAUAGCGAUGAAGAGGACGAGGUGCCCACCGAUCCAAAGAAGGCAAAAAUGACUGCACUUGAAGCCCAGCAGAAGGCAAACGCGGAAAAGAUGACCCUGAACUCGCUAAGGCAGGCGCAGAAAAUUUCGGAAGACGCUGCCCGUAUUCUGGAUCCAAAGUCAUUGGUCACUGGAGUGGCCGGAGGAUUUCGGCCAAUGGACGACACCGCCGAGUUUCUAAUGAUGGACAAAACUCAAUUUUUCCAAGCCGGCGCUAACUCGGAUUUCUCCAUGUUUGAUGCUCCGCGUCAUCCGCGACCAUCUAUCAUGAGUCCCACGGCUGCUUUAGCCCAAGAUAUGGUGGGCAAUGAGCCGCACAAAAUGCAGCUGAUGAAAUCGUCGUUUUUCGUCGACGACAAUGGCACCGAGGAUGAGCCCAUGGAGCAAAUUGGCCGUCAUCAACGUAACCGUAGGUUCUUCAACAUUGAACCCCUUGCAUGGAAGGAUGGCGCCUCCGAGAGUUCCAGUCAAUACGAUUUUGGACACCCAUCGCCCGCAUUGCCCGUUUCUUCAUCUGUUUCUGAGGCCAGCCUGAUGGGUGAUGCGCAUUACGAUGAGACUUCUUCAAUGGCAACUGGAAGCAUUGUGGCAGCUGCAAAGGAAAAGAAGGCGGAGCCGAUUGUUGCCAAAGUCUUCAAGUUUGUGUGCAAGCCCAAAGUAGCUCCGGUUAAAUUGCAUGCGACCACAGUUCCCUUGCCGCGCUCUAUUGCCCAUGAAAUGCGCCAUAAGUGGAUUGCCGAUCUGGGAUUCUACAAGGGACGCAGCUUCAAGCUCAGCUUUGGUCCGCAGAACUCUUUGGUGCUGCCCAACACCUUCAACAACAUGCGCAAUCUAAAAGAAUUUACUGGACCAUCCCUACCCGCCUCCAUGGUCUUUGCACCCCGCUUGGCCACCGAUAUGUCGCCCAGUGUAAUGCAGGUGGUGCAGUUCAACAUGGUCAAAGGAAACGAGGGCAUUCGCGAGAGCAUCCUUCCCCAUCUCGAGGUUCAGUUAAACGACUGUCUGUCAGUGAACGUGGAGGGCAGUGAGUGCCCGUGGAUUCAGCCCGAUAGCGGAACAAAGCUGGUGUCCAAACACUUUUCCGAGUCGCUGAAACAGCGGAAUGCAGGCCUGAAAGAAGAUUACGCAGUGUCUGUGUGGUCGCUUCUGUUCGCACUUUGGGGCGAUCACGAUGAGCUAGUGGAUCUCGAGAAGAACUCACACUACAUGGUCAUGUGCCGGCGCAACCUGCUCUCCGAGUGGCUGGAGAACACGCUGAUGGGCAAGGAUCUGCUCUCCAAAAAGGUUAGCAGUCACAGCUACCUGGAUCACAUGCUGGAGCUGCUCAGCUGUCAUCGGGUGAACGAGGCUUGCGAGUUGGCCAUCAACUAUGAUGAUGCCAACCUGGCUCUCGUGCUGGCUCAACUGAGUUCUGGCGCAGUCUUCCGGCUGCUUAUGGAGGAGCAGCUUUAUGCCUGGCAAAAGAGCAAGUCGGACAAGUACAUCGAUAUUGAACGUCUCAAGAUGUACAUGCUGGCCGCCGGAGUGCCCAUGAUGCAGUCCUCACAGGGCGCUAUCAAUCUGCUAGAGGAUAACAACUGGCUGACAGUACUGGCCAUGCAACUUUGGUACUUUACGGCACCCACUUCGACCAUUACGGAUGCUCUCAAUGCCUAUAACAAUGCCUUCCAAGCGGAAGAGUGCUAUGCAGAACCACCGACGCCUAGCUACAAGGGCGCACCCACCCAUACCAAGAAACCCGUCUAUGACCUGCGUUACCAUUUGCUUCAGCUUUACUCCAAGCGAACGCAUUCUCUGGAAGAAACCCUCAAUCCAAUCACCCACACCUCCGAUCCCAUGGAUUUCCGCCUGAGCUGGCUUCUAUUGCAAACUCUGCGAGCUCUGGGCUACCGCCACUGUUCGCCUUUGACGGAGGCUCGGCUUUCCGUGGAUUUCGCUAGCCAGCUGGAAAAUGAGGGUUACUGGCACUGGAGCAUCUUCGUGCUGUUGCACAUUCAGCGGCGCCCGCAGAGAGAACGAGCGGUGCAGCAGAUGCUGCAGCGGAAUGUAAGCGUGUCGGCCAAGGUGCUUUUAAAUGCGGAGGAGCGCUUUGUUGUCGAGGAGUUGGGUGUUCCCAUGUCGUGGGUUGACUAUGCUAAGGCGGUGAAGGCAGGUGCCGCCGGGAAGCAUCACCUUCAGGCAAAGUACCUGCUGAAGGCCAAGCACUUUGCAACGGCGCAUGAAGUUAUCUUCCAACACAUUGCACCCGAUGCUAUUAUCAAUGGAAAAAUGGAAUACCUGCACAGCCUGCUUAUUCAGUUCGAGGACACCGAAGGCAGCAGCAUCCGAGUGCCCAACUGGGCUAACCAGGGCCAGAUCUUCCUCGAUUUUAUCGACAUCAGUGCCAAGUUCAAGCAGAUCCGUAAUGUGACCAACCUGGCAGACAUCAAUGCGCGCUGGGAAAACCUAAAGCCACAGCUAAGCGAACUCUGCUCCCGCAUCAGUCUGCUCCCAUGUCCCACCUCGAAGCAUCGGCUGUGCCAGAGCGAGAUCUCGCAGAGCCUCAGUUGUCUGGUGCACGGAAUGUGCAUUGUUUGUCCCGAAAUGGAGCCAUCGUCAGUGCUGAAGGUGGCGCUGGAGCGACUGCCGCUGCCGCAGGAAUUCUCCUCCAAGGAGCUGCGCAUCUUGCUGGAAGAGCUGCUGGAGAAGAUCGAGAACGAGCCGCCGUUCAGCGAGAAGGAGCAGCAGCCCGUCAUGAUGGAGACAUAGGCACAGUAAAAUACUAAAAGCAUGAAAAUUUGAUGUUUAGUUUAGGUUGAAAUUAAUAUAGGUAUAAUCAAUUGAUUAGCAUCUCCCUCGCAAACGAAAGGAAACCAGUUGUAGGAUAGGUUCGAGUAUGUCAUCAUAAAUUUCUUGAUUGCGUCAUAGUUAGAAACGUUUCGUCAGAAAAGACCAUGCCAGAGGAACUAUAUUUUUGUUAAUUUGUUUACUUGAUUCCUUUUUGAUAUCUUAGCAUAAGUGUACCGAAAGAAUAAUAAAACUAUGUUUUUAACAACAA